AUGGCGACGCCUUUAGUGUUGGAACGUGUCACACGGAGGGAAACUGAUAAAAGGGCAACAAAACGUAAAAAUGUUGUAGUGACAAUGGAAAAGAAAUUAUACGCAUUAGGUAGAAUUGACAAAGGCGAAUCUUUAAAAACAAUUGCAGCAUCAUAUGGUGUCGGUACAUCUACAGUAUCGGAUUGGAAGAAAAAUAGAACUAAAAUCGAAGAAUUUUGUUGUAAAAUGAUAACAAAAGACAGUUUGGACAAUCGGUGCAAAGCUAAUAAAGCUAAAAAUGAGACUCUCGACGACGCUUUGUAUGUGUGGUUUUGUGCGGAACGCGAACGUGGUUUACCAGUGUCUGGACCAAUUAUUCAAGAAUCAGCACUCAAGCUGAAUAAAAUGUUGCCUGAUUGUGAACCAAAUUUCACUGCGAGUCAAGGUUGGCUGGAUAGAUGGAAAAAAACGUCAUGGAAUACACCAGCUAUCUAUAAGUAUACCAAAUACGAAGACAGAUUGAGACAACAUCCCAAUGUAUUAGCGAGAAACGAAACCUGA